AUGGCACCAUCCUCGCCUCCGCCGUCCGAUAAUUCCGACGCCGAGCGCCGCCUUCGCGAAGCGGAGGAGCGCCUCCGUGACGCCAUCGAGGAACUCCAGCUGCGGCAGCGCCGCGCCGCCUUUCAUGCUCAGCACCACCGCCGCGUCGACUCGCCGCCCUGCGAUCAUGGCCCCGACGAGUCCUGUGUCGCUCACGCAAUUGGCAACCUCUGCCAGACCUUCCUUCUCUCCUAUGGCGUCAGAGUCGGUAUUGGCAUACUCCUCCGCGCCUUCAAGCUCGUUCGGAGGCAGUCCUACUCCUCUCUCCUCGAUCUCAAGCAACUUGUUUCAGAGAAAGAUCUAAUAGUAAGGGAAGAAGCAUGCCGAAUUGGUUUACUUUUUGGUGGUUUCACUGGAUCUUAUCAUGCUCUUAGAUGUUUGUUGCGUAAAUUGAGAAAGAAAGAAGCACCACUUAAUGCAAUUUUAGCAGGUUCAAUAGCUGGUUUCUCAAUUUUGGCGUUGAAUGAUUCAAAUAGGAGACGUACACUGGCUUUAUACCUGUUGGCCAGGCUUGCCCAGUGUGCUUAUAACUCUGCAAAAUCUAAGAACAAGUUUCACCUUUGGGGGAGUCAUUGGAGGCAUGGAGAUUCUUUGCUGUUUGCCAUAGCUUGUGCACAGGUUAUGUAUGCCUUUGUUAUGCGUCCUGAGAGCUUGCCAAAAUCCUAUCAAGAUUUCAUUCAAAAAACUGGGCCAGUUGCAGAGCCUGUGUACAAGGCCGUGAGGGAUAGCUGUAGAGGUCAUCCAGUUGAUGUUGCUUCACUGCAUACCUAUUUAUCUCAUGUAGGAAGGUCUGACUAUGUAAAGUUGGAAGAAUUUCCGUCCAUUAUUCCAUGUUCCAUCAUUCAUCCUGGAACAAAUUCAUGUUUAGCCCAUCAAGUAAAUGCAACAUCAACAACGUUUAAGAAAACAUUCCCGCUUUAUUUCUCUUUGACCUUUGUGCCUUUUGUUGUUCUGCACCUACAGAAGUUCACUGAUGCUCCUUUCCGUACUUUCUGGCUUGCCAUUAAAGGUGGUGUUCGCUCAACGACCUUUUUGUCUGCUUUUGUUGGAAUCUUUCAGGGAGUAAUAUGUUUACAUAGAAAAGUUUUUUCAAGAGAUCACAAGCUGGUAUAUUGGAUAGCAGGUGGAAUAUCUGCCCUAUCUGUGCUAUUGGAAAAAAAGGCUAAGCGUGGUGAGCUAGCUUUAUAUGUUCUUCCCAGAGCAGGAGAUUCUUUAUGGUAUAUCUUGGUGAACAGGCACCUCCUUCCAAAUAUCAGGAAUGCCGAGGUAUUUUAUCCAGUAUAG